UCACGCGCAUCAACGAUCACGAGCCAAAUACGUUACACACAGGAAGUACCUGUCAGCUGCCGACAAGCUAAACAAGAGCGGCGAAGAUACGAGCGACUCAACGGAGGAUAAAAGUGUCUCCGCGCCGCAUAGAAGUUAAUUAAUGUUGAUGCCACCAGACUGUGUGACAAAGCGGAUGUUACCAGCAUGGACACGGCUGUCAGACUCGUCGUUUUGUCGGUCAUUUUCUUGGCAUCGGAGAUAAACUGCCAAGAGGCGAUAUUGCACAUUUCAAAUGGAAAUACAGAGAAGGAUUACUGCAUUGUCCACAAUCACUCCUGGACUCCACUGCCACAAAGACUUGAUAAUGCUACGCAGUAUCCACUGGUGAAUUUGACCUCCACACUGCUGUGUAGUAAAGCAGGGAUCAGUCCGGAUGCGUUAACGGGCAAAGCAGUGGUGGUGAUGAGGGGGGACUGUAGUUUCAGCCAGAAAGCUCUGGUUGCUCAGAGCCUUGGAGCUACGGCUUUGCUCAUUGCCAGCAACAAAACAAUGGUCACUCCAUCAGCCAAUGAGUCUGAGUAUGCAAAGGUACACAUUCCUCUUGCUCUCAUGAGGUACAGGGACUUCCUGGAAGCACAGCAGGUGUUGGGCGAAGAUAUGCAAGUGAAGCUUUAUGCCCCACCUCACUCAAAAAUCGAUCCAAGCAUUGCAGUUAUGCUGCUGAUUGCCGUCGUCACAGUCGCCUUGGGCGGUUACUGGAGCGGGGCGUGUGAGAGGAAGAGGAGCGAGGAAAGGAAACGUGAAGAGAGAGGCAGGGAGAGAUGCAAUGUGAGGGACCGGUUGAAUAAUGUGGCCAUGGGAGGAGCAGGAGACAACAAAGCAGACAGCGGAGAGCUAUUCCUGUACUCUCCUCUCAAAGUGGUCGUCUUUGUCGCUCUAAUGUGUGGGAUGCUCGUACUCAUGUACUACUUCUACAACGUCCUCGUCUAUGUCAUUAUUGUUAUAUUCUGCCUCGCAUCCGCCUCCGCACUGUUCAGCUGUCUGGAUGCAGUGAUGGAAAAAAUUGGUUGUGGCACAAUCAGCUUCUCCAUCCGGAACUGGAACUUCUCAGUGCGGUCUCUUGUGCUGGCUGCUGUGUGCAUUAGCAUUGCUGUGGUCUGGGGAGUCUACAGGAAUGAAGACAGAUGGAUCUGGAUCUUGCAGGACCUGCUUGGCAUUGCUUUCUGCCUAAACUUCAUGAAGACCAUCUCAUUGUCUAACUUCAAGAUCUGUGUAAUUCUACUGAGCCUCCUGCUUGUGUACGACGUCUUCUUUGUUUUCAUCACACCUUUCUUCACAAAGAAUGGAGUCAGCAUCAUGGUGCAGGUGGCGCUGGGCCCAGAUGCAACCGGAGAGAAGACGCAAGGUAACAUGGUGGAGGUCCCCGCUGAACCCCAGCCUCCCUCUGAGAAACUGCCAGUGGUCAUGCGUGUCCCACGGUUCUCAGCCUGGGCUCAGAACUUGUGUGCAAUGCAGUUCUCUAUUCUGGGUUAUGGAGAUAUCAUUGUUCCAGGUCUCUUGGUGGCCUACUGCAGCAGGUUUGAUGUUUUGGUCAACAGCAGAAAGAAGGUCUACUUCGUCAGCUGCUGCAUAGCCUAUCUGCUGGGAAUGAUACUGACAUUUGCUGUGAUGCUGCUGUCAGGGAUGGGCCAGCCUGCCCUCCUCUACCUGGUACCUUUCACCCUGAUAACGUCCACUGUGGUGGCUGGUUGCAGGAGAGAGAUGAGGCAAUUCUGGGCAGGAACCACCUAUGAGGUCUUGGACUCAUCCAGGGAACCUUUGCUGCCAGAGGGAAGAACUGACAACUGCGUAGAAGGAGAAAAAUGCUGACUUACAAGUGUUGAAAAUGGACCCACCUGCUGGAUGCUUUUUUUAUUUUAUUUUAUUUUUAUUUCACAUUUUAAUAUAACAUUUGCAAAACAAGGGAACACGCUAUUGAUCAACAGAUCCUUAAAAUACCAGGGGUUCAUGUAACUGCUGUGAAUGGUGGUUAGAUGACAUUUAGAAGGCUAAUAGAUUUUGUGUAGGUAAACAGUGACAUGAAGUGACUGAAAGACUUGUUUAGUGCCUGAGAGGUCUGUUGGAUACAUGUUCAGAAAACUGAGAAGACUUUGCUUUGGCGAUGAUUGCAUUCAGCAAAAUGAGAACGCACUUUAUAAUAUUUAGCUUGACGGUUGUUUCAUCAGGGGUCAGGGGUUUAAUUACUUGUAGCCACAAUAUUGAUACAUUUUUGAUAAGUGUUUUGGGGUUUCUGUGUAACCUGUUUUUGAUGUGAUUUCUUUCAUUGCCUUAUAAUAAAAUGAACAACUUCUAUUUAA